AUGCCUUUGUUGAAUGUCUCUGGCCGCCAUGGGUGUUGUUUUGGUGGCUGGUGUGCAAUGUCUGACCUAAGCACAGGAAGCGCCGAUAAGCCGGGCCGGACUCAAAACGGCCUGAGACCUCCCCCGCUUGGCAAAUCCAUUGGCGCUGGAUUGCCAUCACACUGCAGUUGUUUGUUCGGGCAAUUGCCCCGCCAUCCUCCGGCCACCAAACAUGCAUCGUUCGGCAGUCCGCCAACACAAAACCAUCGUCCAUCCAGGGCAUCUGCAAGUCGUCCGACGCCGCACCAGACCUAUUUAUUUACCAUGAGGGGGUUUUCCUCAGACAACACCUCGGUCCUCUAGAGAAUGGACGUGCUAAUACACACGCUCUCUACGCAAACAUGAUUGAUCCUUCGAUCCGCCUUCGGCGCGCAAUCCACAUAAACGACCACCUCCUCGUCAAGCGCAUCCUCCGCUCUCACCCUUAUCUCCUCCACAACCCCGAUCAUUCCAUAUGCGGGAAUGCGAACUCGAAUCUCCACCUAGCCGCUUCCCUCGGCCAUCUGUCCAUCUGCAAGAUCCUCGUCGAGCUCGGCCACGAAGAGGGCACCCCCGCACUGAACGAUGAGCACCAAACCGCACUCAUGCUAGCAGCCUCAGCCGGUCAUACCGAAAUCGUCCACUUUCUGUGCGAAAACGACCCGCAGUCCAUCUUGCGUCAGGAUAUUCGCGGCCGCGAUGCCGUCAUGGAGGCUAGUCUGAACGGCCACGAUACCGUUGUGCAGAUCCUGCUUACCUGGGCUCCCGGCGGAGCUCCUGCUGCGCUGGCGCAAGCAGACCUGGAUGGAAACACGGCGCUGCACUUUGCUAGCGGCAAUGGGAACCUUUUGGUACUGAGGACGCUCUUGGCCGCUGGGGCGGAUCCGGGCAGAAAGAACGUCUGGAGCUGGACGCCUGGCGAGUACAGCGCUACUGUUCAGGCAGAGGUCUAUUUGAAGGGAUUGGUCAAUGAGGUGCAAAAGAGGAAGACUGCAAAACGAGAGGCGGAGGAAACCCAGUCGGCACCACCACCGCUGUCCAAGAAGGAUAGGAUGAAGGGGGCAUUUGUGAAACUGGUUGGGAGAGAUGUGGAUGUGGGCGAUUGACGCCAACAUAUUUCAAUGUUUGGUCGCCCCUAGUGCUGGACGCUCUUCCAGAUUCGAGAGAGUUGGGAGAAGAUGGAGCAUGUCACCACAUGGGGCAUACCAAGGGAGAGCGCAUAUCUGUGUGUCACCCAACAUUGAUAUGGAGGAAACCAGCGAUUCGAAGCAGCUAGAUCAAAGAGCGAGGAGCCUCCUCUCCACACCGCUCACAGGCUACAGAAUGGAUACGUGGAAUUGGGUAAAGUCAUCAGUC